CUCAGCACAGCUCAUGUCUUCUCCUCACAGAGAGCUCAGCCAUGACUCCUACAAUCACUGCAGCUCUCAUCUCCUCCAAACAGCAUCUUCCUCUAACAAACAAGCUGAGGAAGCCAGUAGUGGAGAAGAUGCGCAGAGAACGCAUCAACAGCAGCAUUGAGAAGCUCAAGUCUCUCCUGGGCAGAGAAUUCCUAAAGCAGCAGCCAGAUUCCAGACAGGAGAAAGCCGACAUCCUGGAGAUGACGGUUCAUUUCCUGAUGCAACAGCAGAAGCAGCAGCAGCGAGAGCAGCAGUCCUACAACUCUGUCUGCUCCGCUUCAGCCAGUGAAGGCUACGGCAGGUGUGUGCAGGAGGCCAUCAUCUUCCUGUCUCAGUGUGGAGUUCAGACUCCAUCCCAGAGAAGACUGCUGAGCCACUUCCUCACCAUGCAGCCUUCCAUGGAGAAAAGCACAAGUGUCUUGCCCAUCGGUUCUCCAGUCUGCAACAUCAGCAGCAAAGAGGAAACUCCAGCCCCUACUGCGCUCUGGAGACCCUGGUAGAGCAACCAAGACAAAACGCAUGAACGCUUAUGCCAUGGACAGUUCAACAGUCUAACUGUUAUCACAGUUAACCAAGAGUUUUGGUUUAUCUUUAUUAAGACUAUUGUCUGUGUUCCCAGUUGGGAAGUUGCAUGAAAUUUGAAGGAUUCCUGCCAUGAGCAGAUCAUAGUAGCUGUUAUCAGAGCUUUGUCACUAUCUACUAGUUUAGUAGAAUGAUGCUUCUGCUUCGUAACAAUUGUACAUUGUUGAAUUAUGUCUCAUAUUGAGAUUCGUUGUGUUUUUGUUUCUAUGGAACCACCGAUAUCGAUCGAUUGGAUCUCAUAUGUUGAAUUAUUUUCUUGUUUGAAAUGCUUAUAUGCUUCCUUUAUCACACUGAUAAAAAUGUAUUUGUGCUCUUUAUAUUUGAGAGGUGGAAUUUUUGUGUCUCUAAAUUACAUUGGUUUUCUCGUCACUUUACUCAAAGCGAUAAUUAUAAAGAUGCUGAGCAUCAUCUACAUCUACAUCAAUAAAAAUAGAGAAAUAUA